GGCCAAACCAGCGACUACUGAAGGAUGAUCGCCGUCGGGACAUGAAAUCUGGGGAAGUUUUGCCUGUCAAAUGGCAUGUUGAAGCCAACUGUUUCCCCAUCCCCGGUGCUAGCAUCGCAACCGACGAGCAGGAUGUGCCGAGUACAGGCAACUCUAAGGGGCCAAUUGCCGAUGAAUUAGAGUGCAACUCGAGAUAAACAUGUGCCACGCCUUGCCAUGAAGCCGGGGUAAUCAUGAAAAUAUCAGAAAGAUUCAAAGACUCGCAGCUGCCAAAGAUUAUUGUGAUAUGGAGGAACCCAUGUAGCUCGGUUCGGCUUGUAACUAUAUGUACAUGUACCAGCAGGCUAAUUUAGUGUGGAAGGGUACAUGGUUGUGUUGCUUGUCUCCCAGGUACCCUCACAUACUAAAUUUGCCUAGGUGGUACAAGGAGGGAAUUUAGUGUAAUCACGUGAUAUCUAUUCUUGCGAUGUGGUGUAACUACAGCAUUGCUUAUCUCCCCCAAACCAUUCAACACACAGACCGGAGGAGACUUUCAGGGCUUCAACCACCAAGUAUACAACAGGAAAAUGCCUCUUAUAAACGAAUUCCACGACUCCCUACCAUACAUUGAUGGUGACCCAACGGCGCAGGCUCGUGCCGAUAUUGACAAACUCAUCUCCGCUGAAAUGGCUCCCAAUCACCAAACAGUCCUCCACCCGUCCAUCCCCGCUCUACCCCAAAGUCAAUUCUCCAGCCUCAUGCAAAAGGAACUGGACCGAAAGGAGGCGAACCUGCCUCUAACGGGCGGCAUUGACUUGUCGAGAUACGAGGCUCCGGAGGCUCCAGAGGACACCCUGGCGUCAGGGAAAGAACCUGCGGAGAUCCUACAUUGCUGGCAACAAACGCUACGAAAAGCGUACACUGCCAGCUCUCAUCUAUCCACAAGACAGGAAAAUCUAGCUCUACUAGAGGCACACGGAAAGAACGCGUGGCUUAUCGGUAACUCGCAACUGGAGGAUAUACUACGACGGAUUGAAAAAGAACUGCAGGAAACGAAGGAAGCUACAGAUGCCGUCCAUAAAGAGAGGAAAAUGAGGCAGGAGACAGCAAGGGGCGAGCUUGUCGGGUUGGAGGAUGCUUGGAAACGAGGAGUGAGUGGGAUAAUCGAUGUGGAAUUGGCAGCGGAGAAGCUUCGGCAGGACAUUCUUGAGCGGAGACGCCAGCUAUCAGGAGUCCAGAUGCAAUAAUGGAUGCACAUUCCCAGGAUCUUCGUUACGCUAUAUAUCAAGAGUCCUUGGAAACACAGCUCUGGCGGAAUUAGUUGGUUCUCCCGAGCCUCUCCUAGUACGCGUUAGUCCUAUCAAGGAAGAAUUUGGGUCGAGCCGCUGCCCGAGAAAAUAUAAAAAAUAAGCGCCAAGGAUUUUGAUGGGAAAUACAUACAAAACUGAACGGGCGCAUUGGCAUGCAUGACUCGUGAAAAGUCUAACGGGUAAAGAGCGAUUGGCUGCAGCAGGUUUUCAGCGAGCAUUUGCGUUUACCCGUUCAUCACCCGAGUCAGUACAAGACCAGUUUUAUCAACUUUCCUCGGAAACGACUAUCUAUUCACAGGGCAAAUGCCUUAGUCGGUUAUACGAAUGCGUGUCUCGAGCGGAGAAACAAGGGAGCUUGGGCCCUACACAAUAUUUGGAUAUAACUCUUGAACAACAUCCCGAGAGGAAGGAUGGGAGCGGAUGCUAUAUCAAAGUCUGGAAUUCUUCAUAUGUCGUCCAACAUUGUCAACGAGUGCCAGCUACCUAGAUAACGCCCUGCAUUUUGUUCCUUAGAGGGCGCGACGGACCGAGCGGGUUUGCUCGUCAUUCACCUUGUCCACACAUGACCGCCAAACUACCAUAAAAACUCCAACAAUAUUAUGUCCAUUAGUCAGUUCCCAUCUUUCUAACCUAGGGCAGAAGGUGCCAACGGUUAUAUCAAUUCCAUUUAAAACUAAGAUUUCACAUUUCAAUGGCAUCCUACUCUAUAAAUGAAUUCUUUUUAUUUUUAUUUUCAUUUUUAUUUUUUAUUUUUCUGAACCGCCAUGACCAUAUCGUCCCCACAUUUGCCAGAAAUCAGCACUACUACUUUCCCCUUCACCUCAAUAUAUAGAGUUUCUCAUAUAUUGUUUCUCAUUCGAACCCCCCUCAAAAGUUUCCAAUGGUGGAGAGGAACUUCAUUGGAAGAAGUUUGCGUUUCUUAUGACUUUAUGACUAACUAUCCCGCUAGCCCUAGACGAUUGGAACCUAACUCCUGAACUCCUUACUACCUACCUUGCUCUUUUUUCAAUUAGCUUUGCAUCCACAAAGAUUUUAUUAUAUAUCAUAUAGAAUACGACGAAAUAUUAUCUCCCACUCCCGAUAAUGCGGAGAGCGGGGUCUAGGGGUCUAUUAGUACGGGCACGGAUAUCAACCCCCCCGGUCCCCCCCUCCUCUUCCUCCUUCCGCAGGUUCUAAUUCAAAUUGAUCUACCGCGAGGAGGGAGGUCCGUUUUGCGUCCCUGUUGGCAGCCUGACCAACCUGGAUUGUAAUAUUCAUGUGCACCUCAUUGAAGCUCUUUCUAUUUGAGAAGGGUUUUAUCGCCCUGGCAUAUCUCCCCGUGACGUGAAGCUGCAUUCGAUCACAGCUUCUCUCUAACUAUUCCCGUCCAUCGGAAUGGUCUCGACGGCAUGAAGGGGCUGAAGCUUUCCGUAUCUCCUGACAUUAUUCCAGUAAUAACUUAGACCGCGCUUCUUAUUGGUGAAAAGUGUGCAGUCCCUACUGCGGAGGAUUUUGUGUAUUCCGGUAGCUGCACUGGAUCUGAAAGAUUCUCACGAGUCACUGGCAAUCUCGCCCGACUUUAGAUUGGUUUCAAAGCGGGGGGGGGCGAUUUCAGUUUGCAAUAUAAUCGGCGAAUAUAUAACCGUCAAAGAAGAAAGAGAAGGAAAGAAAAGGAUGCAGAAACCGAAAUUGAGUUUCCUUGUUAAUUAACCUUCCAAUUGCUGUUAAUAUUAUAAGUAGCUUCGAUGGCAUAUAUGCUUUCUCUGGGAUUGAUAAAACUAGUACGCAGUAAUAAGUUUCAAAUCGAAACUUCUGUUCUUCGUAGCAA